CGCGGUUCCAGUUUCGGGCUUGAUUUGCGAUGCCAACGAGCGACGCGAUCGGAGACGUCGAGGAUCGGCCGGUGCUACCGCCACCGGCGCUUCGCCACCAGCGAGACCAGCUCAAGCGGCGCGUCUCCUUCUCCAGCAGCGCAGGGCCAAGCGUCGUCAUUCAUCCUGGCAGCGAGGCGCGGCUCGAGGAGCUGCUCCAAGCCGACGCCGGUGCCACCGUGCAAAACAUCGCGAUCGAGCCGCGCUCGCACGAGUUUGCCACCACGCAGCUGCACACGAGCUGCGCGGCCUUGGAUGCAGCUGGCGUCGCGGCUUGGGUCGCGGACCAUGCUGCGGAUGAAGAGAAGGAUGGCAUCAACCAGUACUCGGACGACGGCGCCACGGGUCUCUGUCUGCUUGCCAAGAUGCCGCCAGCUCAGUUUGAAGUCGCAACGCGCCUCGCCCAGGUGCUCUUGGACCAUGGUGCAUCACCUGCACUGAGCGAUCCGCUGGGGUAUACGCCAUUGCACUGGGCCGCCGCCGUUGGCAACGCACCGCUCGUUAGCGUCCUCCUCACUGGGAAUAUCGACGUCAACGACCCGAGCCACCGCGAUGGCGAGACGCCGCUGCAUCGCGCUGCUCGCUUUGGCCAGCACAACGUGCUUAGCGUCCUCAUGGCGCACGGAGGGUCCCUCCAAUCGUGCAACCGAGCACUCGAGCAGCCGUAUGAUGUCGCCGGCAUCCAAAACGAGGUCGUCUGCGAGUCGACGAGGAUCGAGACGCAGCGGUUUAUGGCCACGCUGCACCCGCCAUUGCGGACGCUCCUACUCCAUCACCCCGACUGCCUCGAGCACGUGACAACAGCUGGCCACCAAGAGUCGCCGGACCGCGUGACGGCCAUCUUGGACGCGAUCUCGACCCAACCGUCGCUCGUCUCCCCGCGCGUGGAGCUCACGUCCGCCUUUCCGAUGGCGUCGUUUGCCGCGCUUCGACGCGUGCAUUCGGCCAAGUAUAUUGACACGCUUAAGCGGCUGCAUGCGCAGGUCCAGUCGGUCUCCCACGACGGCCUCAUGGUGCUCACACCGCGCCUCCAAGUCGAGGUCCAAGGCACCCUCCUCGCGCAAGCCAAGAACGCCGAGAUUUGCGACACCAACUUUAGCCGGGGCACGCUCCGGGCCGCGCUGCGGGCGGCGGGCAGCGUCUGCGCCGCGAUCGAUCGCGUCGUACGUGGGGACGCACGCAAUGCGUUCUGUAUCGUGCGUCCACCGGGGCACCACGCGGGCGCGAGCGGUCUCUUGCGCGACGCAGUCUCGUGCGGUUUCUGCAUCAUCAACAACGUCAUGGUCGGCGCGCAAUAUGCACUCGACACGUAUCCGUCGACGGUACACCGGGUUGCGGUCGUCGACUUCGAUGCGCACCACGGAAAUGGCACGGAAGACAUUGUCCGCGCGCGGCAUCAACCGGAGAACGUCCUUUUUGUCUCGCUGCAUUGCUACGGCGAUGGCUUUUACCCGGGCAGCGGCGACCUGCACGACCUCUCGACCAACGUCUACAACGUCGCACUGCCGCCGUGCUGGUCGAGCAGCGUCGAGAAGGGCGUCCACGCGUUCCGCCACGAGCUGGAGCGCGUCGUGGUGCCACUCCUGCGUGCGUUCUCGCCCGACCUCGUGCUUCUCUCGGCGGGCUUUGAUGGGUGCCACGGAGACAUUGGCAACAAACAGCACGGCCAGCGUGACGGUCCCGUUGGCCUGGAUUUGCGACCGGAUGAGUUUUACUGGGCCACCAAGCAGCUCCUUCACGUCGCCAACCUCUGCUGCAACGGACGCCUCGUCAGUGUCCUCGAAGGCGGCUACGGACGCAAAGAAAAACGGUCCUCGAAAGGGCUCGUGCUCGAUACGUUGCAAGCCAGCGCGGUCGCGCAUGUCCGCGCUCUGGCGGGAGAUUUUUGCCACGUCGACCCGCCCGCCGUAUCGCCAAAAGCGAAGCGGCCACAGCGGCAGUGCUCGAGUACGUACAAGCGCGCUACGAGCACCGAGUCGUCGUCGUCGCCCGACACGAGCGUUGAGACACCGGCACCGACGCACCGACGCCGCCGACACAAGUAG